AUGCCCGACAGCAUGUUCUCCCGUCCACCACCCGGCUCAGCCCUUCUUCCUCACAUCGCACCCCACCAACACCUGCACGGCAUGUUCAUGACCGGCCAGCACCCACAAGUGAUGAUCCCGCCCGCCCCGAGCCCUAUGUAUGCCCCACAAGGCAUGGUUUUGUUUGCCGGUGCUCAGCACCCGGCCUACCCGCAGGGCAUGCUCAUGCCGUCCGCGCACGCCGCACAGAUGCAACACCGCUCCAAGGGCCCCGUCAAGCCCGAGACCCAGGCAGAGCGGAAGGACCGUAUCGAGCACGAGAAGCAGGAAGUCAUACGCGAGUUUAAGAAGAAGACCAGGGAGGCCGCCUUGGUUCGGUUUAGGCAAAAGCGCAGAGAGCGCAGGUUUGGAAAACUUAUCCGUUACUACUGCCGCAAGAAGCUUGCGGAUGCACGCCCCGGGUAAAGGGACGGAUCAAGGACGAAGAUGAUAUGGAGCCGCCCCAGGUCGUCCCAGGUAUGAAUCGGUGAUAGCAUCUCUCGAGGGUGGUUUUUUUGUCGCUUCUUGACAAAAACCUCCUGUGUGUAUAUAGUAGUGCCAGUGUUUUCGCUAACAGUUGUGCAUCUCUCUCCCCCCCUGGUUUGGGAGCAUAAAACAAACUAUUGACGUGUACAUACUAA